AAGGGGUUUUCUGAAGAGGAUUUUCUCUGCACUAGAGUCUGGUCAGUGCUUCAGUGACCCAAAGUUUUCCUUUUGUAGAUGUUUUUGUUGUCUAGCUGUUAAUCACUGGGGAAUAUCACUGAAAUGCUGACAAUGACACAAAACACUGCUGAUAAUGACACACAACAUUGCUGAUAAUGAAAAAAAUAUCAAUAUCAAUUUAAUCAAUAGUAGGAAGCCUGCCCCUUUAAAAGCGUUACACAGCUUGUCUUCUGAGGAUGCUGCUGUAGCAUAUCCAUCAUGCAUUGGCGUCAGUAUGAGCUGUGCACUAUGCAAACGAUCUGCUGCAUUUGGUUAUCACUCUAACUGUCCUUUUAAGUUAUACUAGCAAGCAUGGCUGCAGGCUGUUGGAACAGCUUUCUCCACAGUUUCUUUGACUAUGAAACACCCAGAACUAUCGUCAUCUACAGCAAAAGAGUGGGGGCAAUUUUCAGAUUUACACAGUUUCUGAUAAUUGCUUACGUAAUUGGGUAUGUGUGUCUGUGGCAGAAGGGUUAUCAGGAGACUGAGGCAGUCAUCAGCUCUGUCACCACUAAAGUGAAGGGCUACACGGCCAGCAACACCUCUGCUCUGGGUCUCCAUGUGUGGGACGUGACAGAGUAUGUUAUUCCCCCACAGGGGGAUGAUUCCUUCUUUGUGCUGACCAACAUGAUCACCACUCCAGGCCAAACUCAACAGGCGUGUCCAGAGGUGCCAAGCCCCUCCUCUCGCUGUCAAUCUGAUGAGGACUGCUUUGAAGGCCUCAGUGAUGUCCGAGGCAAUGGGAUUCAGACGGGCUUGUGUGUGAACUACUCCGACACGGUGAAGACCUGCCAGGUGCUGGCCUGGUGUCCACAUGAGGACGACUCUUCUGUGCCAACACCUGCGUUGCUGGAGAAAGCAGAGAACUUCACAGUGCUUAUCAAGAACAGUGUACGCUACUCCAGGUUCAGGUUCAACAAGAGAAACAUCUUGGCCCACAUCAACUCAUCGUACCUGAAGACCUGCAUAUACCACAGAUCCACUGACCCCCACUGCCCAAUCUUCAGGCUGGGAGAUAUGGUCAGGGAUGCGGGCGAAGACUUCCGGACCAUGGCAGAACGAGGUGGCAUAAUGGGCAUUCUGAUUGACUGGAGCUGUGAUCUGGACUGGCCAGGGAAGUACUGUGUUCCCAAGUACACCUUCGUCAGGAUGGACAACAAAAAUCCCACCAACAACGUUGCUCCUGGCUACAACUUCAGAUAUGCAAAAUACUUCAACAAUGGAAGCAAAGAAACCAGAACAUUAAUCAAAGGAUAUGGAAUUCGUUUUGAUGUCAUUGUCUUUGGCACGGCAAGCAAAUUCAGUAUGCUGAUGACAGUCGUGAACUUUGGUGCGGCCUUGUCUUUCCUCAGUCUGGUGGGUGCUGUCUGUGAUUGGUUCCUGGUGAUGUGCACAGACAAGAGGAACUACUACUCCCAGCAGAAAACCACCUGCCUGUAUAACAACGAGGAAACAGCUGGAGAAUCUAUUUCAAUUGGGAAGAACUAUGGGACUUCUUGAAGACUAUUUCAAAGGGUAAACUAUAAGACCUCUUCAGGACCCCAGAAGGCAUGAUUUAGUUUGCUGAGCUUAGUCGGCUUAAAUAACUGGAUGAGUCAGGUUUGUGUGAAAAACAAUGACAUGGGAAUAAAAAGUUAUAAAAACAAAA